GGUAGCCCGAUGCAGUGCUGGCGCUGGUCUGGCUCAGUUAGCAUGGCUGCCUUCCUCCACCUGGUUCUUCUCUAACUUCUGGACUGUAGUUUAAAAUGAAGCUAUUCCAUCUUGCUCAGACCUGUGCCUGGAAGGUAGAAAGUAUCUGGCACCAAUUCUGGCCCAGUCAUUUGUGACCCAUGGCUCUUGUGGUAUGCCGAAGAUUUCCAGGCAGUUUCUGUGGAACGCCUCCCCGUCCAGCUCUAAUCAAGCACCAUAUAAACAAGAAAUUGCCUGGUCAGACCUGUGAGGACUGCGUUCUGAUUGCCAAAGCCAUCUGUACUGAAGCCAGAAUGGCAGCCACUCUCAAGUUACUAAAACCCUUAGGAUAUCGAGCGUUUUGCAGUCCUUUUGCCUGCAGUGCAACCCAAAGUGUGGCAUAUUGGAAUGUGGGAAGCGGCACAUGGCACAGGGGACAAGACCCUCCAGAACACAGUGGUCUCUGCCAUCCUGCCAAAAACGUUGAGAACAUCUGUAGCACCUCCUCUUCUCAGAGGAUCCUGACAACCAGCAGUGCCCUUCCGAGUUUGGGAUUCAGCAGGGCUUCUGCCUCUAAGGCCAGCACGCUGCAGCCGGGCCCACCCAGGACCAUGAAGGUUGACGAAGAGGAUGUGGAAGUUUUUGAUUCCUUUGAAGAUCCCCGAGCUUUCCUACAGCUGAGACCAGAAUACCAGCUUCACAGCUAUAACAGAUCUGAGUCUUGUCAGCCCCUGUCAGUGUCAGAAGGUAAACUAAUAUUACACAAAGUCACAGUUUAUCAAGAUAAUCUCCAGCCCCAGAUCAUUGCCAACUGUUUCUGUAAGCUGAGCUGCGUGCCUGUGGAGCAGCACCCUGUUUUGCUUCCCAGUGCCAGUUUUUCUGUGCUCUGCCAGCUGAGUGUGAAGAACAUAGAGCUCUUUGGUACCCCAGAUCUGAUCAGCAUUUUGAAAGCCUUUGUCAGUUUAGGGAUCCCUCAUUCCCAUUCAAUGCUAGAUGUGUAUGAAGCCAGGUUUUGCCAUAAGGUAUGGGAUAUGAGUCUGGAUCAACUACUUUUGGUGGCUGACCUCUGGCGGUGCUUGGGCCGCAGAGUCCCUCGGUUUUUAAAGAUCUUUUUUAGUUAUCUUAAUUUGCACUGGAAAGACCUGUCCUUGUCCCAGCUGAUUCACUUGAUUUAUAUUAUAGGUGAAAGUCGUCAGGCACCCCAAGACCUAAUGCCAAAACUGGAAUCGUUGAUCCUCAAGUAUAUAGAUUGUAUCAUGUUAGAGGAAGCUGGUACAAUCUGUUUGGGGUUCUUUAAAUCAAGUAGUAGUCUCUCAGAAUUUGUCAUGCGGAAAAUCGGAGACUUGGCGUGUGCUGACAUGCAGCAUCUGAGUAGUUAUGCCUUAGUGAAUAUUCUUAAAAUGUUCCGUUUCACUCACGUGGAUCAUGUAAAUUUCAUGAAGCAAUUUGGGCAGAUUGCUCCUCAGCGAAUUCCUUCCCUGGGAGUUCAAGGUGUCAUGCACCUGACUCUUGCCUGCUCUGCCUUACGCAUCCUGGAUGAAGGGGUAAUGAAUGCUGUGGCUGCUUCUUUGCCUCCUAGAGUAGCAUACUGUCGAAGCAAAGAUAUUGCCAAGUUUCUGUGGUCAUUUGGAACUCUGAACUAUAAGCCACCCAAUGCUGAAGAGUUUUAUUCUAGCCUGAUCAACGAGAUUCACAGAAAGAUGCCUGAGUUCAACCGAUACCCAGAACACCUGCUCACUUGCCUGCUAGGCCUGGCGUUUUCCGAGUACUUUCCAGUAGAGCUCAUCAAUUUUGCUUUAAGUCCAGGGUUCAUCAGGUUAGCUCAGGAGAGAACUAAGUUUGAACUCACUAAGGAGCUGUAUACACUUGAUGGUUCAGUUGGCAUUGAGUGUCCAGAAUACAGAGGCAAUCGUCUUAGUUCUCACCUUCAGCAAGAGGGGUCAGAAAUACUGUGGAAUUCAGCUAGGAAGGAUAUGACCUCAAAGCCUGAAUUCCUAGAAGCUCUCUUUUUACUUGAAAGGAUGUUGGGUGGGCCCCAGUAUAUCAAACACCAUAUGAUUUUGCCUCAUACCCGAUCUUCUGACUUGGAGGUCCAGCUUGAUGUUAAUAUGAAGCCAUUACCAUUUAACAGAGAAGCCACACCCACUGAAGAUGUAGCCAAAUUAAGGCUCAAGCAUGUGGGAGUCAGUCUUACAGAUGACUUGAUGAAUCAGCUACUAAAGGGGAAAUCAGGGGGGCAUUUCCAGGGGGAAACUGAGUCAAAGACUGGGCAGCAGCCCAUGGAAUUAGAGAAGAAGGCAUUCGUACCCUUGGGGGCCAUGGAGAUGGCUGGCCUGUGCUCGCCAGCCUGCAUGCAGGCACCACAAGUGAAGCUGGCUAUUCAGUUGACAAACAAGAACCAGUAUUGCUAUGGUUCCAGGGAUCUGCUGGGACUGCACAAUAUGAAGAGGCGGCAGCUGAAUCGGCUUGGGUACCGUGUGGUAGAGUUAUCCCACUGGGAAUGGCUCCCGCUACUGAAGCGAACUCACUUAGAAAAGCUUGCAUUCCUCCAUGAGAAAGUGUUCACCUCUGCUCUCUGAAGGGCCCCCGGGCAUUUCUGCUCAUGAAUGCUAUAGGUACGCACUGUACCAGGUGUUGUGAAACAGUUACAAAAGCCAGAAUGUAGGUUCUUGAUAAAAUGAUGUGCUGAGGAGACUUGUACUCUUGUUUGUGGCAGACUGGAGGUAGUGUAUGCUAUUGUGAAUUAAUUGUAACCUGGUCCAGUUGUAUUAGUUGCUGCUGAUUUGUACAGGUAAAUAAUAAACAAAAUGUCCUAUUUUCAAAUAA